UGAUACUAACUUGUUAGUUGUAAAACAGAGCUAAUCAAUCUAUUUUACACAGACGACGAAAAGAAGAAGAAGAAGAAGAAGAAGAACCGAUUUGAUAACACGAAUCGUUCUUCCUCUCUUAAUCUUGCUUGGUUUGUUCUUCAUUUACCAUCUCACUUUACUUGCGGGCUUUUCGUAUUUGCUCGAACGAUUCAAGGGUAAAAGAGAAAGAGGAGAGAGAGAGAGACAGUCACAGAGAUGGAGGACGAGGAGUAUGUAAUGAUUGAUCUUGAAGACGUUUCGAGGCACAUUGACAUUCCAGCAGAUGCUCCUUACACUUUAUCAGGUUUGGAUACUUUGAAUCCGGUAUUGACCAUUGAUGGCAAAAUCAAGCUGGUUGGAGAAUAUCUUGAAACGAUUGGUACAUGCCUUGCUUUCUCUGAAAAGGAAGAAGUUUCAACAAGUGAAGACCAGAUGCCACAGAAGAAGAUAGUUGAACCUGUUGCAAAACUCCACAAGAUUCUUAAGUUUAGGUUAGCAGCAGCAUUAGACAAUGAAGAUGGAGGAGAAACCAAAACAAACAAUUUGUAAAAGACCUGAUUGCAUCGGGCCAAUCUUUGAUCUUGUUCCUUGACAAAAAAUCAGACUUUGCAAAAUUUUAUAGACAAUAUGAAAAAUGUGAAAACUGUUAGCCAAA